AUGGAGAAUUCACAUGAGGAGCAAUACAUACAGUGGUGCGAAAGUCCUCGAAUCGAAGUGGCCGUGGUCGACUCUGGCACGAGAGGUGCCAGUCGUUUCUUUCCGCGCGAUCUUCUCACCCGUCGAUCUCGCCGUUUGCGCCAAGUUCUGCAGCAACAACCUGAUCAGGUCAUCGAGCUCGAAGGUAUCACGACACGCACCGUGAAGCAUUUCUUCAUCUGGUCUCAUUCUCUGCACCCAAGUAUCAGCCAUGAUGUUACAUUCGACAAUGCAGCUGAACUUGGCAUGCUUGCGUCGCGAUUCCAAAUCCCUGCUUUGAGCAAUCAGAUCACAGACCGAAUCAGAUCGCACAUAGCCAGUGACGAGUGGGAGCUGCAGGCGGCUAUCGUCGAUCAGAUCUACGGCGUGGCGUCCAGCGGCAGUCCUCUUCGCGAAGUCAUUCGUGCUGCACUAGGCAAGCUGCCCAGGUCCAUAGUCGAGCCCAGGAAUGACCACGAGGAAUGGCGGGCCACAGUACGCAAACACAGUGAGCUGGGAUUCGAUUUCUUCGGGGCUCUUAGUGCGCCCUGGAGUGCUGAUGCGUACCUGUCUGGAGUCUGCCGCUUCCAUGACCACACUAAUGUCCUAGAUCAGAAAAGCAACGAGCUAUGUGAUGGCUGCCCGUACGCUGAUGAGGACUGCUACCCGUUAUCUGUUCCUGAACAACCCAGAACGACUGUGUCGAACGAUGUAAAGUCUCAGAAGAAGACCGCGAAGUUGAGCAGCGGAGAUGCUGUUCACAAUGUUGUGCCGAAGCCAAAGGAGGGAUUCGUGGACGAGAGUCCGCCGGCACUCGUGCGUCAGCGUGUCGGUAAUUGCAUUAUGAUUACCACUGAUGACUUCUUCGACCCAAAGGUCAACGGGCUUGGCGCAAUUGCGGAGGGCGCUGUUGAGACAAACGGUGGUCGACCCUCCCUGCUCAAAAAUGGCACAAUGGACUCGGACGAUGCGAUCGACGAUGCCAAUGAGCCGAUCACAUCCGAAGACCAAGCCGACGAGUUUCACAACGCACGCACUAUCGGUACGAUGACAGAGGUCUUGAAUGGCGAGGUCGAUGGGUCUGGAGAGAAAGCUGAUGACGAAGCUCCGAAGAUGAUGCGUUCGAAAAGCAAGAACAAGAAGAAGAAAAGAGGCCCCAGCUUCUCGGUGGGCACGAUCUGA